UGAGAACAUGGACAAAUAUGCCUUGCUGCAGAGGGCUAAACUGCAUCUGGAUUUCAUCCACGCAAACUCCACAACUCACAGUUUCCUCUUUGGAGCUCUGGCUGAGUUGUUGGACAACGCAAGAGAUGCCGGGGCUAUGAGACUUGAUGUGUUUUCAGUGGCUAAUGAAACACUGCAGGGAGGAUUCAUGUUGUGUUUCCUGGAUGAUGGAUGUGGCAUGAGCCCUGACGAAGCUCCAGACAUCAUUUACUUUGGGACAUCCAAGAAACGGUCAUCAACCUUGAAGUUCAUUGGGCAGUAUGGCAACGGGCUUAAGAGCGGAUCCAUGAGGAUUGGCAAGGACUUUAUUCUUUUCACAAAGAAGGAAGAGACCAUGACCUGUCUGUUCUUUUCUCAGACUUUCUGUGAAAAAGAAGGUCUCACUGAGGUUGUAGUUCCAAUACCUUCAUGGACAACAAGAUCAAGAAAGAGUAUCACAGAUGACCCCCAGAAGUUCUUCACAGAAUUGUCCAUCAUUUAUAAAUACUCACCUUUUAAAACUGAAGCGGAAUUGAUGCAACAAUUUGAUAUGAUCUAUGGGAGAUGCGGAACUUUGCUGGUUAUUUAUAACUUGAAGCUUCUGCUUAGUGGAGAACCAGAGUUGGAUGUUAAAACUGACAAAGAAGAUAUACUGGUGGCCGAGGCUGUGGAUGAACUUCCAGAGAGACGGUCUUUCAGAGCCUACACAGCUAUUCUGUAUUUUGAUCCUCGGAUGAGAAUAUUUAUUCAAGCCAAAAGAGUUCAGACAAAGCACCUAUGUUACUCUCUUUACAAACCCAGAAAGUACCAGUAUGCUACCUCUUCUUUCAAAGGGAAGUUUAAAACUGAAGUUAAGGAGGCAGAAGAAGCAGUAAAAAUAGCUGAAUUCAGGUUUAAAGAACUGCAAGUCAAAGCAAACCAGCCCAACACAAAUUCUUUGUCUCCUACCAAGGAUGAAUUACAGAAAGCUCGGGAAAAUGUGGAGACAAAGCAUAAAUGUCUUCGAGAGAAACAGAGGGCAUUAAGGAAAGCAAGAACACUCUCUCUGUUCUUUGGAGUGCACAUAGAAGACCAAAACCAAGCUGGAAUGUUCAUUUACAGCAAUAACCGGUUGAUCAAAAUGCAUGAGAAGGUUGGCCCCCAGCUGAAAAUGAAGUCCUUACUUGGUGCAGGUGUGAUUGGAAUUGUGAACAUCCCCUUGGAGAUCAUGGAGCCAUCCCACAAUAAACAAGAAUUCCUCAAUGUCCAGGCAUAUAACCAUCUACUAAAAGGAAUGGGACAGUACUUAGUGCAGUACUGUAAGGACACCGGGAUCAGUAACAGAAAUCUAGCAUUGUUUUGGGAUGAAUUCAGAUACCAACAUAGCAAAGACCUGGACAGAUCUUCAGAGUCUCCUCAGUGGCGAAGAAGAAAAGCCAUGGCUAUCCCAUUCAUCCUCCAAUGUGAUCUUUGUCUCAAAUGGAGAGUCCUGCCUUUCCUUUCUAAUUACGAGGAAGAAUUCCCCGACAUGUGGAUUUGUGCUAAUAACCCCAACAACAUGGGAAACAGCUGUAACCAGCCAGAACACCUGCCUUCUAUCCCACUGGGCACCAUGAACCGAAGACCACCAUCAAAAGAUGAGAAAGAGAAGCAGCUUGAAGAGUCAGUGCAAAGGUACCAGAACAGGCUGGCGGAAGCACAGCCACAGAAGCCUCAGCUUAUAACAUUGAGUAGAAUCCCAGAGUUCAAGUCCUCUGGCCUUUCUUCAGCAGCCAAGGAAAAAUCCAAACCUGGGAGAAUGGGCCCUUCGGUGGUAGAACUUUUUCAAGGCACUCCUCCUUCAUCUGGCGAGCUUUCGUCCAGCCAAAGAGGCCAGAAGAGAAGCACAGAGGAUGGCGACUCUGAUGUGGAGUUUGUGUGUAUGACUAAGGUUCUGAAGAGGACCGUGAAGAAGAAAAUGCAGCACCAGCCGCGGAGCCAUGCGCCAGCUCUGUUGGAAAACCUCAAGUCCGGGGAGGCAUCCCAGGUCUCUUCGUGGGAAACAAAAGGGAGGCAGAGUGAAAACCUUGUACAGGAAUGCAAGGCAUCCACGGAAGUUGAAACUAGUGGAGAUCCAGCUGUAAUUCUGGUUUGGGAUAAAACCAGCACCAAGGUCUCAUUGAAACAAGAAAGAGCAGAAGUACCUCUUGCAAACACAGGAAAACAAGAGCUGUGUGAUGAAACUCUGGUAAUGAAAGGAAACCCUUCAGCGCUUAACUGGGAAAGCUUGCCCAGAAUGCAAAUGGAAGAUUUAAGUCUACUCUCUGGACAUGAAGUCAGUUCCAAGAAUGGUGAUCAUCAGCUGCCUUCUUCUCUGAUGCCUUCCCAAAGUACAUCUGCCCAGGAAACAGCAAGAAAACUAAUGUCUAAUUUAAAAGAGAUUCUUCUUUAUUUCAUUCCCGAGUUUCAACUGUCAUCAGAAUUCGAGUGUACAUCUCUGGAAGAACUCGUAACAAGUCCCAAGCUGGAGCGAUGCCCAGAGACUACAAACAAAAAGCUCAAAACAUGUCUCAGCAAGAUCCAGAAUAUCUACAUGGUCCAAUAUGAGAAAAGACUCAAGAGAAAAAUGCAGUCCCUUAUCUAUGAGACCAGCAGGAGAGGGCUACUUAAUGAAGUUUUUCUGGGGCAGUGUGAACUGAAAAGGAAAAAGACUGAGGAAAAACUCCACAACCUUCGUGCAAAGCUGGCGUUGCUGCUGCAGAAGCUUCACCUGGGUGGUCCAGCAGGAGACCUCCAGCAGAUUGAUGCUUACUUAGAAGCUUUGCUUAAAGAAGAUCAUCUUCCGGCCACUUUAAAUGGAAGGACUCUAGAGUCAGGGCUAGCGAAAGAUUCAGAACAGUGA